GCGUGUUUUUAUUUAAAGCUAAUUGGUUUCCGCACUUUCAGACAGAAUGACGCGUUUUGCGCGCAAAACCAACGCUCGGGGUUCUACGAAACGAGAACCUGAAGAAGCGACGCCAUGGUCUCAAAUGGUCUCACAGAUUCGGAAUACAAGUGGAGGGGUGGAGGAUGAUGAUGAAUAUAUGGAUGUAGUGGAAUAUAUAUAUAUAUUUUAUAUGUCCACGAAAGUCUCCGAAGAAGAUGAGGAUGAAAGCGAGGAUGAUUUCGAGGUCAAGCUUGAGGAAGAACAGGAAUUGGAAUCGGGGAAGAAUUCUCUUAAGCGGAAACCGGAACUAGUCUUGGCAGAAGAACCAGCGAAGAAGAAAAAAAAGAAGAGACCGGAGAAGUGCAAGAUUUGUGGUUCUAAAGAGCAUCGGAAGAUGGAUUGUGGAGAACUUCCUGAAGAGCGUAGAAAAGAAUUACAGGAUCUUUUUAAGAUGAAAGUAGAAAGGAAGGGAAAGGGUACAGGUCGGAAGAAGAAUAAACGAAAGGACAAACUACCCUACGAAGAGACGGAUCCUAAACCUGACUCCGAAAACAAAACCAACGAAGAUUCCAUGUCAGAAGAAAAAUCCACGAAAAAGAAAAAGAAGAACAAACCGCGUAAACCCAGAGAGCUGAUUCGAGACCGUUCAGGGGCUGUUGUAGAAGAGGGUGAAGCAAUAUUUCAAGGAUUUAGGGUACGGAAAGAAGAUGAGAAAAAGCUGAAAACACUGUACAAGGAGUUAAAAGAAAAGGGAUUAUCCAAAAAAGAACUGGACGAGGCUUUGAAACGAGAGCGACGAAUUGCUGAGAAGAGUUUAGCUCGAUCCAAGAAGUUAGUUUGUUUUAAAUGUCGUCAGCCUGGGCAUAUGCUCGCUGAUUGUCCAUUAGCAGUUGAUACAGAUAAACAUCCCGGUUCAGGUUUGUGCUAUAAAUGUGGUUCCUUGGAGCACACCUCAAAGGAUUGUAAGAGUAAACUGAAGAAGGAAAAUGCAUAUAAUUUUGCAGUUUGUUUUAUUUGCAAACAGGAGGGACAUCUUGCUAAAGCCUGCCCAGACAAUCCUAAAGGUUUAUACCCUAAGGGCGGUGGUUGUGUAUUCUGUGGAUCUGUUGAGCACUUGAAGAGGGAUUGCAUGAGGAAGGUUGCCAAGGACCUGAAGGCCGGAGUCAAGGUGGAGAUGAUGGGAGACAACCUGGAGGACGAACCUUCACGGGACUUCAAACCAGUGAAAAAUAAAAAGCGGAUAAAAUCCGAGAAAAUUGUUGCAUUUUGAUUUUGUUUGUUUGUUUUCAGA